UAGACGAGAGCAGAACCGUCUUGUAACGUCAAGCGUGCCAACUGUCGUGAAAGCACAUUGACAUAGAAGGAAGUGUGCAGGACGCUAAUAAGUCAGUCUUAUUAUUUGUUCUCCAGUUUGAAAUAUUUACGUAGUAUAAAAUACAUCUUUAAUUCUUUAAUUCAGGGUAAAAUCGUCUCGAUGCGCUAGAAGCACUUUGCUGCUUCUCGUGCUCGUUUAUUGUUAGUUAGCUUAGCUCGCUAGUUAGCUUAACCUGUUAGCUGCUAACAGAAGUUAUCAACACAUCGCUAAGUAGAGAUCAAGUGUGAGAGUAAAGUGUUGUGAUUGUGUGAAAAUGUCUACAUUACACAUGUUGAGAGCGUUGGUGGAUCAGCGACUAACUGCUGCCGUUGAAGAAAUAUUUGUAGUGUUAGAAAGAACGAUAGCAGAAUACGAGGCGGAACUUUCUAGAACAAAAGCGGAGAACUAUCAACUACUGGACGCUGUUUCCAAGAAACAUCAAGUUGUGUUACACAGAACAGACGUCCAGCAGCCCCCUCACAUUAAAUAUGAUGAGGAGGAUCCACAGCCCCCCCACAUGAAAGAGGAAGAGAAGGAAGUGUGGAUCAGUCAGGAGGGAGAGUGUGUUGUAGGGCAGGAGGAGGAUGAUGUCAGCAAGUUUCCACUGACUGUUGUCUCUGUGAAGACUGAAGAGCAUGAAGACAAAGCACCUGAGUCCUCACAGCUUCAUCACAGUCCAAACAUCCAUCAGCUGAUUGGACACCAAGAAGAAUGUCUCCCUCAUCUGCAGGGGGACAGUUUCACUUUAGAGGAUCCACAGCCCUCACAUUUUAAAGGUGUCAAGGAGGAUCCACAACCCCCUUAUUUUAAAGAGGAAGAGGAGGGAGAGUGUCCUGUAGGGCAGGAGGAGGAUGAUGUCAUGACUGUUGUCUAUGUGAAGACUGAAGAGCAUGAAGACAAAGCACGUGAGUCCUCACAGCUUCAUCACAGUCCAAACGUCUGUGUAGAACAUCUUCACCCUGAGCAACAGAAGUGGAGCUUCAGGAUGCGGACAGAGGAGCCACAGCCCUCCCACAUUAAGAAGGAAGAGGAAUACCCACUGAUCCCCCAUUUUAAAAAGGAAGAGGAGGACCCACUGACACCCCAUUUUAAAGAGGAAGAGGAGGACCGACUGACAUCCCAUUUUAAAGAGGAAGAGGAGGACCGACUGACAUCCCAUUUUAAAGAGGAAGCGGUGGAUCCACUGAGUCCUCACAUUAAAGAGGAAGAGGAGGAACACAGCAUCAGUCAGCAUGUUGAAGGAGUGGAGGAGGUUGAUGUCACCAAGAUGCCAGUGACUGGUGUCCCUGUGAAGAGUGAAGAUGAUGAGGUCAAAGGUGAGAGUGAGGAGAAGAGAAGCAGCAGCUCAACACAACACAUGACAACAGAAGCUGAUGGAGACCACUGUGGAGGAUCACAAGCAGACAAGAUCUUAGCUCCACUAUCAGAUAGUGAGGACACAACGUCACACUCUCCUGACACUGAUGAUGAACACUCUAAACAUGAUAAGACAUGUCACACUGACAACACUCACUUCACAUGUUCUCUCUGUGACAAAACUUUUAAAUAUCCUAGUUAUUUGAAAAGACACAUGAGAACACACACUGGAGAAAGACCUUUUUCAUGUUCAAUCUGUAGUAAAGAUUUUACUCAUAGGCACCAUUUGAAAUUACACAAGAGAACACACACUGGAGAAAAACCUUUUUCAUGUUCAAUCUGUAGUAAAGGUUUUACUCAAAGGCACACUGUGAAAAGACACAUGAGAACACACACUGGAGAAAAACCUUUUUCAUGUUCAAUCUGUAGUAAAGAUUUUACUCAAAGGCAAGAUUUGAAAAUACACAUGAGAAUACACACUGGUGAAAAAGCUUUUUCAUGUUCAAUCUGCGGUAAAGAUUUUACUUAUAGGAACUAUUUGAAAAGACACAUGAAAACACACACUGGAGAAAAACCUUUUUCCUGCUCAGAAUGUGGUAAAAGUUUUACAAUAAAUCAAAGUUUAAAAGUACACAUGAGAACACACACUGGAGAAAAACCUUUUAGCUGUUCAAUCUGUGGUAAAGGUUAUGUUCUAAGUUACCAUUUGAAAGUGCACAUGAGAACACACACUGGUGAAAACCCUUUUUCCUGUUCAGUCUGUGGUAAAGGUUUUACACGAAAUCAUUCUUUGAAAGCACACAAGAGAACACACACUGGGGAAAAAUCACAUUCCUGUUCAAUCUGCAGCAGAAGCUUUAGUGAACGAUCAUCACUUGUAGUACACAUGAGAAGACACCCAGGAGAGAAAUUGUUGAGUUGCAGUGUGUGUGGUGAAAGAUUGUCUUCUAAGUACCAGUGUAAGAAACACAAGUGUGCUGGUGAGAACAGCAGCAGCAAAUGAAGAUGCAGGAUUUGAAAUAAACUGUCAAGACUUUAACUUUGACUUUCUAACAACAUCAGCACAUAUAACAUGUGUGACAUCAUUGUUGUUUGUGUAACUAUCUUUUUAAUAUGCUUCUACAUUUAUAGAUUACAUAUUUUAUAUUAGUGCUUUUUUCAGUCAAGUACAUGCAUUAAUAUGCAACAUUGUGUACUUUUAUUAAACAUUGAACAGAACAAUUUGACUGAAAAGGUGAGAGUAAACAGUACAAGACAUAUUUUACAUACAAUAAACAUUUUGUGUGUAUAUAUAUUCACCGUACAAUAUUAGACUUAUUCAUAAUAGUGUUUUUUAUAGGUGUUAGAAAUAUUGAAGUGUGACAUGUUUGUAUUUGUAAUUAUUAAUGAUCCCAUAGAUUAGCACCUUUAUAUGAUAUACAUAUGUACUUGUUCACAUGUGAAACAUCUUCUGGACCACUUCAGGAAGCAUAUUAUUAUUUACUUUAUACAUCAUUUGAACACUUGUCUUUUAUACAAUUUUAAAAUGUGUGAUUUUAUGAAUCAUUUGUUGGGUUUCUAUAAUCCAUUCUCUUAAUUAUCGUUAUUACUCUCUUUUGUAAUAUGAUGAUUGUGUCGUGAUUGUUUCAUAUGUAUGUCCCCAGACCUUUAUGCAAUAUA